UCCCUUUUUGAUCACGUGACCAGAAACGUCAACGUCUGCCAGCUGUUAUACACAAAUUCCUCCCAAUUACUCAGUUUUAACAAAUAUUCUCAACUUGUUUUGAAUAAAACCAUAAAAGGAUUCCAAGGGUAGUAAAACUCAUCCGUUCAAGGUCUGGAUUUCCUCACACACAGUCAUGACAACUGUAGUGAAUAGAUUGAUAAGAGGGGGACUAGGUCGAUCCUGCAUUUUCAAAGAAAUUCAAGUGAGAGGAGCAUCUGUUGCUGCUGGAAGAACAAAAAUGCCAAAACUUACGGAAGAAGAUAGAAAAACCGAACUAGCUCCACUUCUCGCAACUGGGUGGACAGUUCAAACUGCCAAAGAUGCCAUUUACAAAGAAUUCGUCUUCAAAAACUUUAACCAGGCUUUUGGAUUUAUGACCAGAGUUGCAAUGCAAGCGGAAAAAAUGGACCAUCAUCCCGAAUGGUUUAAUGUUUACAAUAAAGUCAACAUAACUUUAAAUUCUCACGAUGUAAACGGAUUAUCCAAACGGGACGUAAAAUUAGCGACAUUCGUCGAUAAAGUGGCAAAAUCAUUCAACGAAUAGACAGAAAAUUAUCGAAGAAAAUUUCACUGUAAAUAUGGAUGACCAAUGUUUUAAAUCCUUAAUUAAAUAUAAGUUAUGAAAAUAAUUAUUUUCCACUGUGGACAAUAAUAAUUUUUUUUUAUAGAAAAUACUCUUAAUAUUUGUUGAAUUUUUUUUUUUUUGGUAAGAAAAAUAUAAAUGUUAUAAAUA